AUGUAUUCAAUAUCUUUUGAAAGAUGUUUACAUUUAUCAAAUGAUAUUGAAUAUGAUGAUUAUUCAUAAGGUAAUAUAAAUUCAAAAUAAAUUGGAACAAUUACAUUAUCAAAUGCAUCAUUUUAAUAUCCAAACAAUUAGAAAGAUGUAUUAUCUAAUAUUAGUUUAACAAUUGAAUCUGGUUAAAAAAUAGGUAUAGUUGGUAGAACUGGUGCUGGUAAGAGUUCAAUAAUAAUGGCUUUAAUGAGAAUGAUUCAUAUAACAAAUGGUGAUGUACAAGUUGAUGAAAUAGAUCUUAAUGAUUAUUCAUUAUAGGAACUAAGAAAGAAAUAUAGUGUUAUUCCUCAAGAAGCAUUGAUAUAUAAGGGAACUUUAAAAGAAAAUCUUGAUCCUUAUGGAUUAGUUGAUGAUUAAAAUUUAGAAAAGGUUUGUAAAGCUUGUUAACUUUAUAAUAUGAAAUCAUUUUAAGAUUAUAGAUUAAAUACAUAAAUAUAAUAAAGUGGUUGUAAUUUGAGUUUAGGAGAGAAAUAAUUGAUAACAAUAGCAAGAUGUAUGAUUGAAAAUAGAAAAAUUAUAUUAGUAGAUGAAGCAACUGCAAAUAUAGAUAAUCCAACUGAGGAAUUAAUAAAAAAUGUAAUAUAUAAUAAAUAAAUUUAGAUUUUUAAAGUACAUUUUAAAAAUUAAACUAUGAUAACUAUUGCCCAUAAAGUUUCAACAAUUAUGGAUUCUGAUAAAAUUGUUGUUUUGAGUGCAGGAUAAAUAAUUGAAUGUGAUUCACCAAAUAAUUUACUUAAAUAACCUUAGAGUGAAUUUAGAUAAAUAGUAGAUUUAAUAAAUAAGAAUUUAUGA